GGCAGGGCCGUCCCGGGGCUGGGCGAAGCUUUAAGGGCUGCGGCGGCGGCACGGAGCGGAGCCGGAGCGCAGCGGCACGGAGCCUGCCCCCGGCGCCACCACCACCACCGCCAUGCCCCACUCGGUGGCCCUGCGCGGUCCCUCGCCAUGGGGCUUCCGCCUGGUGGGCGGCAAGGACUUCAGCACGCCGCUCACCAUCUCCAGGAUUAACCCUGGAAGUAAAGCAGCCCUGGCAAACCUGUGCCCAGGAGACAUUAUUCUGGCAAUUAACGGGGAGAGCACGGAAACCAUGACGCACCUGGAAGCACAAAACAAGAUCAAGGCGUGCACGGACCAGCUGCUGCUCUCUGUGAACAGAGCUGAAGGGAAGACCUGGUCGCCCCCCGUGCUGGAAGAUGGGAAGGCGCAAGCUUACCGGAUCAACAUCGAGCCCGAGCCACAGGAUAACGGCCCCGCGCUGAACAAGCGGCCGAUGCCCCACGCCGCCGGGAGCCCGGUGGACAGCAAGCAGAUGCUGAACCUGCAGUACAACAACCCCACCCGGCUCUACGCCAACAGCAGCGCCGACUCCGCUUUGCCAGCCCAGAUGAGCGGGCUCCACAUCGCUUCUUCCCAAAGCAUCGACCCCGUAAAGUCUCUCCCACGGAACAGAAAUGGGAUUGAUGUGGAGUCAGAUGUCUACAAGAUGCUUCAGGACUAUGAGAAGCCCGUCUCGGAGCCGAAGCAGUCGGGAUCCUUCCGAUACUUGCAGGGCAUGCUGGAGGCUGGGGAGAACGGUGAAAAACUCGACAGACUGAGCAACCCCCGGAACGUCAAGCCUCCGGUGCCGAAGCUCGGCGGUGCCAUGUCUGGAAUGCAGAUGCUCCCCGAGUGCACGAGAUGCGGGAACGGGAUCGUGGGAACCAUCGUCAAAGCUCGGGACAAGCUCUACCACCCCGAGUGCUUCAUGUGCGACGACUGCGGCCUCAACCUGAAGCAGAGGGGGUAUUUCUUCAUCGAGGAGCAGCUCUACUGCGAGACGCACGCCAAGGAAAGAGUUAAGCCCCCCGAGGGCUAUGACGUGGUGGCUGUUUAUCCGAACGCUAAAGUUGAACUUGUCUAAAUCCCGCUCUGCUCCGCAGAGGUCAGACGGCGCUCGCCCACCCACAUGCACGCCGCCGGCUUUGCAAUGUGGCUGUAAUCAACCCCGAUUACUAAAGCCCGAGUAAAAUGCCUUUUCGUAGAUAAAACCGUUUACACUUGGGAUCUCGAGGGGAUGGUGUUGAAAGCGUAUGAACAGGUUUUUCCCUUCUCUUUGACACUCUGCUUUUUGGGUUGCUGUGCCGGGUUAUUAGUCUGUGCCAUAACCUUAUCCCAGAUCUGCAUAAAUAUUGAUUCAUUCCCUACUUUUUUUUUCCUAUAAAACUACUAUACCUCCCCCCCGUCCGAAAAAGCAAGGAAGAUGUUUUAAAAGCUCGAAGAACAUAAGGCACUUUACCAAAAGAAGCUGAUUCCUCUGUCGUGACUUCAGCCUCCUGCCCGUGGAUGACUGCUCUGUGCCUCCCCGCACCGGGCAUCCCACACGGCUUUCCCUGCUCCCAGCCUGGCUGUUCUGUCACCUGGCCACCUCGCAGCACGCGUGGGGGAUGCUGAGGACGGGAUGCUGAGGCAGGAUGCGGAGCCCACCUGGCUGCCCCCACGCUGCUCCUCCUGCCUGAAUUCCCGGCCCCUUUGCUUCCGUCCUCCUGACUCCGACCCAGCUUCGGUUACGCUUCUGUGGUCCUCCCCGUCUGGGUCUGCUCUGACCUUGCAGCUGGGGAGGGGGAAACAAAAUCCCCCUGGGCACUUCAGAGGUAACGUGAGAGCUGUUUGAGCCCACCGUGAGGCCCCGGGGCCGGAGCAAGCUGAUGCAGGUCCGUGCCCAUACCCUGAGACUGUGCUUUUAGCCAGGUUUCUCGUGCGCUUUAUUUUACGGGGGAAAAAAAUAGAGGAUCUUGGGAUGUUGCUUUGUUGGAGGAACGUUUUUAUGUUAGUGUUUAGAGGAGAGAGGUGUAGUUUAGACACCCCGCUGUUAGAUGCCACCACGAUGAUGGAAGCCGUGUGGUUGGUACCAUGAGGUCCUUUCCGAAACACGUUUCUGUGCUUUAUAAAUGGGAAAGUACCUUCUGUACAGGCAAACUGUUUCAUUUUAGUGUCACUCUUUCCCCAUGUAACGGAUCAGCGGGGUUUUGUCAGGGCGUUACAGGGCCAGGCAGAGACCAGGCGCUGCGGUGCCUCGCGGGGGUUCCAGCAGCUCCUUCGGGCACCGGGCUUUGGCCUCAGGACCGUUCCUGGAGGGGUGCAGGGAGCUGGGGCCUGGCAAAAGCAGAAGGCAAGGUGAUUGAGGGAAAAGCAGGACACCAGCAGGACACCAGCAGCACUGGUACUCCAACGGCUGCCAGGCUGCCUUGCAGCAGGGGGGUGCUGCUCCCCCAGCAAGCUUCCCCCCCACCCGAGCACUGCCUUGCAGCCGGAGGGAUGCCGGCAGCAGGACUUCCAUCCCCAGCUCCUUCUCCAUCAGCAUUUUUCAUUAUCGAAGUACAAGGAACACGUGGCAAUUUUAUCACACAGCUGAGCCUUGUUUUCCUUGUACUUGCACAGCCUCGCUCGGUAGGUUGGACCAGCUGAAUGGGAACACUCGGGACAACUGUAAGUGAUUAGGAGACUAACACUAAUCAGGUAUGAAGUGUUAUUGCCCCUCGUCUGCUGGCCUCUGCUUGGAGCUCGUUAGUUUGCGAUCAGCAGCAGCGUUUGUUCUGACUUCCCUUAUUGACCUCGCGUUACGGGCUGGCAGCGCUGCUUCGGUGGUGGUGCUGCACCCUCUGUAGCAGCGGGGCCGUUCUGCGGCUGCACCAUACAUACUGCCCGCAGGUCGCUGCUGCUUCCUCUGCCUCACCCGGACCCAGGACCAGAAAUCCCCCCGGGGCUCUCCCUCGGUGCCGCAGCAGGAAUUGCACACCGGCCGUGUUUCAUCCUGGCACCUUUUGUCCCCAUUCGGUGCCAUCUGCGGCCGCCUUCUCACCCCGCAGGUGCCAGCCGUGCUGUGGCUCCAGCACAGGGAACAGCUUAAAAAUUGACGAGCUGGUUCAGCACCUGUGGGCUCUGAGUGCAGAAACGACAUGGGGAGAGCAGACCUGGGCUUCGCCUGCACCUUUCUUUUAAUUUGGAAAUGCAUUCCCCCAAAUCAGUUUUUCCACACACACUCGUGAUACUCUUUCCUGUGAGUUAUCAGCUCGUGUGAUCCCCCUGAGGAGCUUAAAGCCACCUCACACAGCGAUACCCUGGGGCAGGUUGGUUUCUGGCUCCGUGUCCCGUGGCCGUGCUCUAACAGAUGCCUAAAGGCAGCGACGGCUCCGCCUCGCCCCGCUCACAACAAGGGCCAGCUGCACAAGCCUUACCUGUUAAUUCUAUUUAACUCUGUAAAACGUUUGUAUGAAAUACAAAAUAAAGUUGUAUUGUUGGUUUUAUGCCUCA